GCGCAUAAAGUCUACUUACUGUACGAUAAAUUUACACGAGAAAAUCAAAAAAUAAACAUAGGUGAUGAAAAUAGAACGAAAAAACUAGAAUCUGAAAAGAAAAAAUGAGUCUUUCUUGCAGAUUUCAUAUCCCAAAAACGUCGACAGUUACAAAUCUUUUAUUUAAUCGACCAGCAAUAUGUGCUUUUCACAGGCUUUGGUUGAGCACAGAAAGUGAAGGUGGUGGAGAAUCUAACUUGCCAGAGAAAGGGCAAUACAUUCCGCGAAGGAUAAGAAGACGUUUAGAACAGAAAGGUCUCAGUAUUGAUGAUCUAGAAUAUAGACCUGAAGGACGAAAGUCCUCUUAUAUUGAACUUAAACAAGCAUUAGAGAAUUCAGUUGUUGACAGACGGAUUGAAAUCGAUUUUCCUUCAGAUGUUGAAAGAAGGAAGGAACUCCGCAAACAAGAGAAACAUGCAUACAGACCUCCCGAUAUAAAACCAAAUGAAACCUCUAUUUUGUUAUUCCCAGGACAAGGUAGUCAGUUUGUUGGCAUGGGUAAAAAACUUUUACCAUUUCCCGGUGUUGAAGAUUUAUACAGAAAAGCAAGUGAAAUAUUAGGAUAUGACUUGUUGAAAAUGUGUCUUGGUGGUCCUAAAGAUAUGCUAGAUAAAACAUUAUAUUGCCAACCAGCAGUUGUGGUAACCUCACUAGCAGCAAUGGAAAGAUUGAGAGAGGAAUUUCCAAAGGCUUUGGAAAAAUGUACUGGGAUGGCUGGUUUCAGUGUUGGAGAAAUUACUGCUCUUAUUGCAAGUGAAGCAAUCAGCUUUGAAGAUGGUAUACAUUUGAUCAAUCUUCGAGCUAAUGCUAUGCAGGAGGCAUCAGAGGCGGUUCCUAGUGGGAUGUUAACUGUAAAAUGUGGUCACCAGACUAAAUUACUCUCGGCAAUGGCUGCCGCAAAAGAAUACUGUAAAUUAAGACUGCUAUGUGAGGAAUCCCGUCUGCCCAGAUUGCACUAUCUGUGUACUAAUCUUAAAUGUUCCUGGCAGAGAGAGUUCAUUUUUCAGGCUUUGCUGUUUUUAGAACAGUAUGGUCAAGAAUGGGAAGUGAGAAAUACGAAGAGGUUGCCUGUGUCUGGCGCCUUUCAUACAACUAUUAUGAGUAAUGGUGACAAAUACUGGAAGUAUAUUAAUGCAUGGAAACAUGUGAAGUUGAACAAACCAAAAUACAGAAUCCAUUCAAACUCUGAUGGGAAACAGUUGAAUUUUGAAGAAAAGAAUAUUGGUGGGAUUAGAAACGUAAUCAGUAAGCAGGUGGCAAGACCAGUGGUUUGGGAGCAGCUAAUGCACAUUUUAUAUACAAGAGCCCAGGAAGUACCCUAUCCAAAUACGUUUGAAGUUGGGCCAGGUCGACAGCUUGGAUAUUUACUGAGAAAUACAAAUGCUAAAGCUUAUGAAAAGUACAAAAAUAUAGAGUGCUGAUCAAAUUGAUUUUUUAGUUGAAAAUAAAAGAUUUGGUAGUUACUA